CAUGAGGUGGGUCACCUGACGUGCAAUGGAGCUGGUACUCUAUUGUUUGAUAUCGAAACUGAAAAUUCCACUUCCCCCAUCCCCCAGGUAAAGUCCAUAGAGAUACCGCCUCGUUUCCAAGGCGCAGCGGCCAACUUCCAAGAGGACAUCGCCAUCCUGAUCCUGACCACCAGCAUUCAGUACAAGACGUACGUGCGGCCCGUGUGCCUCAGCUUCGACUACGAGUUCGACAAGACGCAGCUGAGCGUUGGCAAGAUGGGCAAGGUGGCCGGCUGGGGUCUGACGGGGGAGAACGGUCUGGCGUCUCCCACUCUGCAGGUUGUGAACUUCCCGUUCGUGGACAUCAACACUUGCAUCGCCAACUCACCGCCCGGCUUCAGGGAAUACAUCAAUAGUGAUAAAUUCUGCGCCGGUUAUCUUAAUGGUACGACGCUAUGUAAGGGCGACAGCGGGGGAGGGCUCGCCUUCCCCGACCGGGAGAUGGGAGUGGAGAGGUACUUCCUCCGCGGGGUCGUCUCCACCGCGCCCACAGACAACAACCUGUGCAACGCGCACACUUACGUCACAUUCACACAGGUCACCAAACACGAACACUUCAUCAAAGAGUAUUUGAGAUGAGCGAAUAAAUUUGUUUUUAUUGGAA